AUGGCUCACCCAACUCUACCAACAACGGCCCUGUCGCUGUCGCGGGACUCCAACAUGGAGCGACCAACAUGCACCCAGAUUGCUUCGCCGCCCUGGGUCAACACGGCUCCAUCUUCCAUAUCUAGCCGCACGCAACAUCCAAUGGCAAUCGCUACGCACACCGCUCCCGUGCCCCUGCCUAGAGAGGCGUCAGUGCCAGCACCUGCCAGUCCCGUGCUUCUUGCGACGUCUCCAGCUUCAACAUUGUCGGAAUCGGCAGAGCCCGAAGGUCAGCUUCUGGUCCAGCCGGGGCUGGCAGCCGCCGUGCCUCGAGGCCCUUGCCGCCGCCUCGCGCUUGGUCGUCCGAGCUGUGACAGCACCGAGGGCCAGUUUGCUGAUGGUUGUGAUAGAAUGGCGUUGAUGCGGACAACCGUGGCCACCAAUACCUCUCCCAGCCAUGCCGCCCCAACCUUGCGCUGGACCACCGAACACGAACAAAUUUUCGAGUGGUUGCGUCGCGAUCCUGGUUGUGCGCCGCCGGUGGAGGAUCCGGCCGCUUUAGCAGCUGCCUUGCCCGGAAUUCUGCUGGAUCCCGGGUUUCCUGCUCUUGUGGCCCUCGUGUCCUCAGUGCACGACCUCCUCCGGCCCGCCCAGCGCCGAGCUAUCGAGUCCUGGGUUAAGCUAGAACCCAAACCCGAGAUUGUUCUGGUCGGCUACGGUGCUGGGUACGAAGACGUGGCGGCCGAAUUUGGCUGCGUUAUCUCCCGCCAUCUUGACAUGAACUUUAAGAUGCUGCCUCUGGCUGGCUCCUUGGUCCACUUGGCCAGCGAGUGGGACACAGACGUGAGCGUGAUUGUCAAUAGCGACAUUCUCCUUACUCAGAGCCUACCCGAUGCCAUCGCCAAAGUCCGCUCCCAGUUUACCGACUGGUUUAUCACAGGCGCUCGAUACGACCUCGACGAGUUGCCUCCAAUGUAUGAGCCCGCACGUCCCGACUUUAAUGAGGCAGCCUUCAUGGGUUACGUCAAGACCAAGGGCACGUUGCACACAGCUGGUGGUCUGCUUACGCCUCGGUACGAUGUUACCCACAUGACAGGCAAAAGCAAGUUUGACAACUGGUUUGUGCACGAAGUGAUUCAAGCUGGCUAUCGCGACGUCGUCGACACGACCGAGUCGGUCGUUGCCGUUCACGUACAGCACGACUAUACAAGUGCCAGUGGCGUCGUUCAGCGCAACACGGGCGGUGGCACCUUUUGGAUGAAAUCCAAGACGUCAGAUUGGAUGAUCUUUCACAACGCCCAUUUAGCGUUGACCUAUGGCUCAUAUCGCAAUCAGGAUGGCACCACACUACAUGCUCCUUGGAAGCUAGUGUCCUGCAUGGAACCAGGGGGCAUGUGUCUGCUCAAGCGCUUGCGCCCCGGGUUAUGUCCCUGCGAGCACAAUGCCUUUGCGCUCAAUACCCAGAAUGAUCCCGAGAUUGUCGAGGUCUUUGAGAACGAUCGCAAGAAAAACCUAGUCAAGUGCGCUAGCAUCAGCAUUGAUAAGCGCGAGAAGUUUGACAUUCCCGUCAAGACGGAGGAGGGUCAUCCGCCUGCCUAUGGACUACCGUUUACCUUGCGGGACCUGUUGCCUGUAGUUGCCCGUGACAAUCACGUUUUGGUGACUGGGGCCAGCUAUGCGUAUCGCGAUGUUGUCAUGAACUUUGUCUGCCAACUUCGCAAGCUGGGUAUUUAUGAUCAACUUGUCAUUGCCGCGUUUGACGAGGACAUGUAUCGGUUUGGGUUUCGCAUGGGACUACCCGUGUUCUUCUACCAAGCCUCGGACAUAUCCGGACUGACAUCGCAUGACCUGGAGUAUGGCUCACAGCACUUCAAAAAGGUGACCAAGCUCAAGUCUCAGGUCGUCCUGCAAAUUUUGAAACUGGGCUACGAUGUCACAUGGACAGGCUUUUACCGCGUGCGCGCCACACCCAUGGCGAUUGUGGCCAUGGAGCAGGUGGUUGCACACGCUGCCACGUCCACAAUGACGGAGCAGCCAAGCUUUUACAUUAUCCUGUGCGGAGGCAAGGAGGGUGCUACGACGCAGGGGGACGACAAGUGUUUGUAUACACCGCCGCGCAACGUCUUUCCCACACAGGCUGUGCUGGAAGUGGAGUUUUUGGACCGGCAGCGCUUUCCGGCAGGUGCUGUGGGCGGCUUUUGGGGCCUUGCAGACAUUGCUGUGGAGCAACCGCAACUCGUGCUGCUCCACAACAACUGGGUCAAGGGCCUUCGAGCUAAAAUCCGCCGUUUUACCGAGCACAAGAUGUGGCGGUAUAAUCGCAACCAGGAGAUAUGCGACUACAGCGACGCACCGUCCUACAACUUUGACUGGCAGCCUUGCACUUACCCGCUGGGCUUUGUACAGCUGCCGGCAUGGUACGAGCGAACCGUGUCCCAAUGGCGCCUGGCCGUUGACGGUGAACAGCUCUUGGACCGUUUGUUCUGGUACAUGACCGGUGCAGCCAUGCUGUACCUGCCCGUGAUCUUUGGACUUCGCCAACUCAUGGCCAACCGCGCGCCCUUCAAGCUGAAGAUGCCGCUGGUGCUAUGGAAUAUUCUGCUCGUCAUCUUCAAUGUCUACGCCUUUUACUACACUGCCCCCACCACCGUGCAGCACGCCUUGAACGGUACCAUCAUGCCCGAAACCUGUCAUCUUUUGCCCGAGGGCCAUCAGGGCCCGACGAGCAUGGCCAUCUUUGCCUUUGCCCUCAGUAAAAUCCCCGAAAUGGGCGACACCCUCUUUCUCGUUCUCAAGAAAAGACCGGUCAUCACUUUGCACUGGUGGCAUCAUCUGACCGUCAUGCUCUACUGCUGGAACAUUCUCUACGAGCCCAAGUACAAUCAGGGCACUGAAGGCAUCAUCUUUGCCGCCAUGAAUAGCUUGGUUCACAUCAUCAUGUACUCCUACUACGCAGCGCGUGCACUGGGCUAUCGCCCGGUAGGCGACAUAUGGAUCACCUCCUUGCAAAUCUUGCAGAUGGUCGUUGGCACCUACAUUGCUUCGUACCGCCUGACUGUGUGCAACUCAGUCCGCCCCGAAUCGGCCUGGGGCGCGCUGAUCAUGUAUGCCUCCUACUUUUACCUUUUUGCCGACUUUUUCGCCCGUCGCUACCUCAAGCCCGGCCCCCAGUCCGACAAGAUCAAAGCCACCUAA